UUGCAGUCUGUAGCAGCAGCAGCAGCAGCAGCGCGCAAAUGGAUACAAUGUUUGUUUUUAAUGUUAAGCGAAAACUUAGAAUCAAAAAAGAAGUGUGAUAAAUGCUAACACGAAAAUUGUUUUGCAAGCGUCUAAGAAAAACGGCGGAGAGAACGCGUCUGCCUGCAUGCGCGCCUCAAUGUGUGUGUGUGUUUGCGUGUUCUUGUGCUUGUGCUUGUCUGGCUGUGUCUGUGCUCCCGGGAGCGUGUGACUGUGUGUGUGUAUGUGUGCAGUGAAGUGCAAAAGAAACACGAUAAAAAAAACAACACGCCAAGCAGUUGCGCCCGUUUUAGCUGAUAAAGCGUAUAGAAAAAAGUACAACAACAACACACACAAAGCAGUAGGCACGAAACGAGUGAAAAUAGAAAAUUAAUAAUUAGAUAGAAGAAGCAGCAGCAGCAUUCACACAGGCGAUUUGUAAAUGAUCAGUGCUAAAAAAAUAAGAAAAAAAAAUUAAAUGAAAAAUUAAAAUAACAAAUCGUGCAACUUUUCCCAUAAAUAGUGCAAAUCAAAAUUCUCGGUGCAGCGGCCAAAUUUGUAUCGAUCGCACACAGCAACAAAUACAAACACAAAUACAAAUACAAAUACAAUUACAAAAGCAACAAUAACAAAUCGCACAUUAGAUUUAAACUGCAACUGUUGGCGCCUCAAGCGCCGUUAUUUAAUACCGCAAAUCCGUCAAAAUGUCAACAAUGGAGGUGCGCAACAACUCGGCCAUGAUGAAGCGUGCCGAGCAGCUGAAGCGCUGGGAGGAGUCGGACACAAAUCGCGCCGCCCCCACGCCCCGUCGCGAGGACUGCCGCAGCAUCAAGUUCAGCUCCGGCUGCGUUUUUCUCGCCGCCUGCCUCUCCGGCGACAAGGAGGAGGUCGUCCAGCUGCUCAAUCAGGGCGCCGACAUUAACACGGCCAAUGUGGAUGGCCUUACCGCUCUGCAUCAGGCCUGCAUCGAUGACAAGCUCGACAUGGUUGAGUUUUUAAUAGAGCACGGCGCCGAUAUCAAUCGUCAAGACAACGAGGGCUGGACGCCGCUGCAUGCAACCGCCUCCUGCGGCUUUGUCAGCAUAGCAUGCUAUCUGGUGGAGCAUAACGCCGAUGUGGCUGCCGUGAAUAGCGAUGGCGAUCUGGCGCUCGACUUGGCCAUCGAUGUACAGCACAUGCCCAUGAUUAACUAUAUGGAAAAGGUGGUGCAGGAGCUGAAUAUUGAUGUGGAUCAGGCACGUAGGGCCGAGGAGCAGGCCAUGCUGAAAGAUGCCAAGCGCAGCGAUGCGGCCGAAGUGGAUCAACCGCAUCCAAAAACUGGUGCAACGGCGUUGCAUGUGGCCGCCGCCAAGGGCUAUACGAAAGUGCUACGUCUAUUGCUGGCCCGUGACUGCAAUGUUGAUAGGCAGGAUAACGAUGGCUGGACACCAUUGCAUGCUGCCGCACACUGGGGCCAAAAGGAAACAGCUGAAAUGCUGGUGGAGGCAUUGGCCGAUAUGGAUAUACCCAAUUAUGCUGGCCAAUCCUGCAUCGAUGUGGCCGAUCGCAAAAUGGUCAAAUUCCUUGAAGAACUGCGCGCCAACAAGCGCAACAAACGGCGUCCAUCUAGUCAAAUCAGCAGAAUCUCAGAUGCGAUUGAAAAUCAUGUGGACAAAACACGAAUGAAACUCGUACGCGUCGAAGUGAGAACUGAUGCCGCUAAGGAUGCUGCGAGCGGUUCGCUUAACGCCAGCGAUCAAGUUGCGCUCAAUGAUGAUGUUGCUGCCACAGUUGUUACUGCUGCCCAGGAUCAUAAUGAUGUUGAUGAUGAUGAUGAUGUUGAUGUUGAAAGCGAUUCAGAGCUGAGCGAUUCGACAGAGAGCUCACACAGCACAAGUCUAUCCGAGAGCGAAGCUGAAAAUGUUAAACCCAAUCAGCAUAUACACGCUGGCGAGCACUCUGCCGAGGAGGAGGCGCCGUGGCGACGCAAAACGCUGCGCACGCCCAACGACAGUCCCACUAAGAAUCAAGUUCCUGAUAAAGAGCUGAGCGGCAAAAGCGCCAAUGAGAGCGCCAACGAUGUCAUCUUGCGGCGCACGCAAAGCUUUGAGAAUGAUCAAAAAUUCUAUCAAAAGUACAAUGAGCUGCGGGCGCGCAUAAAGGCGAACUCAUGUCCCAUACUGCCAGCGACGACGGCAAAUGCUCUGCCCGGCAAUGCUAAUAACAACAAUAACCAAAGUAGCAAUAACAACAAUAAUAACAAUAACAACAACAACAAUAACAAUAAAAGCGCGCUGCUGUUGGGAAAAACUUUGAGCACAACCAGCGUCAGCAGCAGCAGCGGCAGCAGCAGCAACAACUACAACAACACAACAACCACAACAACAUUCAACACACACACCAACAACACACCAACAACAACUGCAACAACAGCAGCUACUACAGCGAAUCCAAGUCAAAUUUAUAGCGUACAAAGAUCGGCCUCCCUCAAAGAUAACUCAGUGUAUUUCAGGAAACCAAUCGGUCCAGCUACGAUGCUGACAGCAGCGACAACAACGACUACAACAACAACAACGACGCUCAGCUCACCAUCAACAACUGUGCUUACCCCACCUAUACGCAGCAAUCCUGCCAACAACAACAACAACAACAAUGCCAGCUCUACGGCAAGCGCCAGUGCAAGUGAUGUGGAGACCCAACCUAAACCCAAGCAAUCGGCGGGCAAUAUAUUCAAGAACUUUUUCAAAUCCUUUGUGCCGCCAGUGCGCGACGAGGAGAGCGAAACGCAGCGCAAGGCGCAUGCGAAGCGAGUCCGUGAAACGCGCCGCUCCACGCAGGGCGUAACGCUCGAGGAGAUCAAGAGUGCCGAGGAGCUGGUCAAGAAGAAGAACUUGGGCAUGAACAACAACAACAACAAUAACAACAACAACAGCAGCAGCAAUGAAACAAGCUCCACAUCAAGCACCACAACAACAACAACAACAUCAACUACUGCAACAGCAACUCCAAGCACAACAACUGCAACUGCAACAGCAUCCAGCAACAGCAACGACGACAGCAACAUUGAGAGCAGCAGCAGCAGCAGCAGCCUGCAACAACAGGAAGCGCAGCCACCGCCACCGCCAACAAGCCCGCCACCAGCCAUAAUACCGAGGACAACAACCACAGCGGAUGAUUUGGAGAUAGUUGAGGCUGUGGUUGCCACACUGGCGCCAGCGGUUGUCGACAAUGCGGAUACCACCGCUAGCUUCACGCUGGCAGCACCAGCCACACGCAUAUCACACGGUGGCAAUGGCGACCUUGCAGCAUUUGUUGAUGUUGCCGACAGCGAUGCGGAUGAGGAUGAGCAGCAGACGGCGGUCAGCGCCAGCUACACGAUAGUCUCGAGGCGAGAGAAGCCCGUCGAGUCGGCGGCGGAGUCGAGCAGCCACAAACAACUAAAGACUGAUCCAGUUGCCAAGCAAGCGCACAUGUUGGACACCGAAACUGGCGGCGAGUCCAAGGCAAUGCAAGCCAGACCCACUGAACUGGCGCUGGCAGCAACAGCGCCAGCCGAAAGCAAACCAGCAACAACACCUGCCACAACGCCCAGCGCGCUGGAGAGUCCAGUGCGACUGCGGGACAAGCGCAGCCUAAGCAGCAAUGCUACUGGAGGAGGAUCUUCUCAAGAAACGGAUGCCAAGUCGGACACGGCCUCGCCGGUGGGCGCACACGCGGAUUUCAAUGCGCGCGACUCUUUGCUCAGCUUGUAUGCACGUCGUACUCUGGAGAGUGGUGGUGCGGGUGGUGCAGCCGUUGCUGCUGCUGCUGGCGCUGGAGGCGCAACUGUUGCGCCAUCGACAUCGUCGUCUUCAAGCACAUCCAUAUCAGCAGCCGAGCGGCGUCCGUCUUGGCGUCUCAAGUUUGAUGCGGGCUCAAAGUUCAAGCUGGAGGACAUCACUAGCGGUGGCACCUACCCGCCCAAUCAGAGCACGAUUAUACCCAGCGCACCGGCCGUGAUGGCCGCGGUUAAUUUGGCCAGCACAACGGGCAACCCGCGUCGCAUCAGCAGUGGACCCAAUGCGCUUAACGCUUCCAAUCAAUCGCUUAACUCGGUGGGUCGUCCGGUCUCUGCGCCCAGCGAGAGCAUCAAUAACAGCGCAUAUGUGACGCCGCCGGCGCGUAGAUACGAGACAUCCACGCUGGCGACAGCUGCCUCUACAACAGCCACAACAACUGCCACGACAGCCACCAACUCCGCGUCUGCAUCCAGUGCCAACCAUGGAACGGCGACUAGCUCCACGCCCGGACAUGAUGAUAAGGAUAACGACAAGGAGAACGAUAAUCGUACACAGACUGUUAUACAACGCCGUCGCAAGCCCAAGCGCAGAUCCACGGGCGUGGUGCACAUCGAUAUGGAUGAAAUCGAUCCGGAUCGCCAACACGAUACGGCCAACAAUGACAAGGAGGAUAAAGAUAAGGAGAGCGGCAGUGAACGCACCUCACGUUCCCGCACCACGAGCACAGCGACAACGAGCACCGGCAGCGAUUCAAAGAGCUCCAGCAGCAACGACAAAGCGGAAAACGGCGAUGGCAUCGACUACAAGGCGCUCUGGGAAGCGGCCAAACUGGAGAACGACAAGCUCAAGCAAAUGCUCAAGCAGAAGGAUGACGAAGCUGUGCAGACGCGUGCGACGCUCGAGCGCUUCGCCAAUGCCACCACUAAAAAUUCACUCUCUGAGAUUGAGAAACGUGAAAGAAGAGCUAUGGAACGCAAGCUUUCCGAAUUGGAAGAAGAGCUCAAGCUAUUGCAGAAGCUAAAGACUGAGAACGACCGCCUGCGUGCCGAGAAUCGAGCCCUCACGCGUGUCGUCUCUAAGUUGACCACCUCGGCACAGAGUCAGCUGGCCAAAAGCAAAUAGGCAACAAUUUACAACAAGCAAAAGAAAUAAACAAAAAAAAAGAAUAUCUAAAUAUAUUGAAAAACAGCAUAAUCGAAUAUCGUAAUCGCAAACCGCUAUCGUAAUCGUAAUCGUUAUUGUUAUCGUUUCUUUAAAUACUCGAGCUGCAUACAAAUACUUACAUACGUACAUGCAUACCUAGUUAAAUUCUUAGACAUCGUACACCCAUCAUCUAGCCUAGAGAUAUUCAGACACCACAACUUUUAAGAUUCUUCUAUUAUCGAUAUUGUUUAUUAUCAUUAUCAUUAUUAUUAUUAUUAUGAGACAAACAACAACAAGAACAAUUUGCAUUGUUAUAUUGAGCGCAACGUGUAACAAUAAUUAAAUGUACUGUAGUUAAAUUAAGUUUAUAACUUUUGGAGGGCAACGAGCACUAAGCAGGCAAAUUUCUAUUUUUGCACCGCUGUACUAUUAGCCUAGAGCAAAAUUAUACAACACAAACACACACAUAUUAUAUUAGUCAUACGAAAUAAUACAGAAUAUAACGUUACAAGAUAUAGCACAGCAUAUGGCAACAACUAUUUAUAUAUAUACACAUAAAUAUCGUAUACAUACGUUUAAUCAAAAUCGAAAACUACAUCAAAAAUCGUAAAUCGUAAAUCGUAACUCAACGCAACUCAAGGAUAUGCCCAAAUGCUCAACAAUGCUGCCCACCACAACAACAACAACAACAACAAUUGCAGCAUCUCGGUCGUGGCACGAGCACCAAGAUCAUCAUCAGCACAGAUCUAUUAACUUGUUUCUUAUAUGCAGUGAGCUUUACGCAACUUGAUGCCUACAAGUCGGACAAUGACCGCCUGAAGGAGGAGAACGCCGCGUUGAUUAGAGUAAUUAGUAAAUUAAGUAAAUGAAAUUAUGUCGUAACUUAAAUUUACUCAAAAACAAUAACAACAACAAAAGAAAGAUAAACAAAGAAAAACAAAAUCAAGAAAGAAGAGAACAAUUUCGUUGGAGCGAUCAGUCAACCACGCGAAAUGGAUUCAACUAAAUUAUCUAAAGAAAAGUUCUGUUUAUUAUUAUUAUGAUUAUAAAGAAAAUUGAUUAUUAUUUUUGUGUGUUAAGGCAUUUAAGCGCUAGAUGAAACCAUGUUUCGAAAAUCGUUGAAAA